CCUGGCGGCGUGAGGGAGAGGAGGGGCGGGGCCAGCGGUGGAGCAGUCUCGGCGGCUGUGGAGUCCAGCGGGGCCGGGAGGGGAUGGCGGAGAGCCGGGGAUACCCGCCCUUCCAGCUGGGGAAGCCCCGCUUCGAGCAGACUUCAUUUUAUGGGCGAUUUAGACACUUCUUGGACAUCGUUGACCCUCGCACUCUCUUUGUCACCAAGAAUCGUCUUAAAGAAGCGGUGCAGUUGCUGGAGGAUUAUAAACAUGGGACUCUGCCCCCAGGAGUCACCAGCAAGGAGCUUUGGCGAGCACAAAAGAUAAAGCAGGCCAUCAUCCAUCCAGAUACAAAUGAGACGAUCUUCAUGCCUUUCCGAAUGUCAGGUUACAUUCCUUUUGGAACACCUGUUGUUGUCGGUCUUCUCUUGCCAAACCAGACCCUGGCAUCCACCGUCUUCUGGCAGUGGUUGAAUCAGAGCCACAAUGCCUGUGUCAACUAUGCAAACCGGAACGCGACCAAGCCUUCUCCGACCUCCAAGUUCGUCCAGGGCUACUUGGGCGCCGUGGUCAGUGCUGUCUCCAUUGCGGUGGGCCUUAAUGUUCUGAUCCAGAGAGCCAACCAGUUUACCCCGGCCACCCGGCUCCUGAUCCAGAGAUUUGUGCCAUUUCCUGCUGUAGCCAGUGCCAAUAUUUGCAACGUGGUCCUGAUGAGACACACAGAGCUGGAGGAAGGGAUCGAUGUACUGGAUGGCGACGGAAACAUCGUGGGGUCUUCCAGAAUUGCUGCCAAACAUGCGCUGCUCGAGACGGCCCUCACCCGCGUGGUCCUGCCGAUGCCGAUCCUGGUUCUACCUCCCAUCAUCAUGUCUCUUCUGGAGAAAUCGAGACGUCGCGCCUGGAACCCGGAAUUGCGCGGGCCACAGCCAGCCAGACCGUCGUCUACAACAAAGGCUUGUAACGAGCGAACGUGGAGCCGCUCCGUGCAGAAGAUGGAGAGCGUGGAAGGGGAGCGGAUCCGGCCCAGGAAGUGGGGCGAGGAGAGCGCCAUCCAGGCAGCAGACCGGAGAACGGCUUGGAGCGCCUCACAUCUCCCCGUUGUCAAGAGCGGCGAGGAAAUUAACACUUUCCGAGACCUGGCAUCUCACGUUGGUAGAAAAGAUUAAUCUUUAACGUUUUAAAUUAGCGACAGUAGCAGCAAGAAGAAAAGAGCGAGUGCGAGGAGGAGGAGGAGGAGGAGGGCGAGAGAGCGCACGGGCGCACAUCCUGCAUCUGCACCACUGGAGCCAGGGGAGGGGUGGCAGGCGGCACCUCUCCUGCGUCUGCCUCCCUCUGUGUGAAACGAGACCGCGCUGGGUUCCUUCCUUGGCAGUCUGAGCACGGCUGGGCACGACUUCGUCACCCUACUAGAAGUCAGCAGGGGCCUGUCGAUCGCCAUGCCACAUCCGCCCCCGUGUCACUGUCGCACGAGUCCACUAGCCCAGAAGUCACCCGGGGCGGCCGGUGGCCCUCGCUUGGUUCCUAGACAAAGGCCACCGUGAAGGUUGCUGCCUGCAUGGGUCCUCCCUCCCCCCAUCUCCCUGAGAGCCACCCUGGCACCCUAACCCUGAAUCUCUCUCGGGGUGGGGUGGGGGGGCGAGUUCACAAGUUCUGUUUCUCACACUGUCAUGGAGAUGUGGGGCUGCCGGGUGGAUCAACCGCGGGAGCGGGAGGGGCCAAGUGGCCAUUGUGCCCAGCAGCCGGGGGGGGGCGGGCGGGGGGAGCUCUUCAGCCCCACGAAGAGGAGGCCUCCUGGGACCGUGUCCUGCGUGCCUCGUACAGGGCCCUGGCCACGCCACGCCCCCAGCCAGGAUGCAGUAGGACCUGCAGCCCCCUCCUGGCAGGCCCAGCCUCUAGCCGGCUCUCAAGCAGGAGGCCCACAAACAGCCAGGCUGGUGCCCAUUUGGGGUUCAGCCGGCUGGGGUCUACCUGGCGUAGGUGCCCUGGAUCGGAGAGGGGGGCUGGCUGGCUGGCUGGCUGCACCUGAAUCGGGCUCCAGGUCCCCUGGCUCCAACAGGAGCGAGGACUCUGACAAGUCUGCCAGCCAGGGCUGCCGGGGUUCAUCUCACAGUCUUGGGUUUCCUGCAGCCGAUCAUGUGAACGCCCCCCUGGCCUGUGCAGGGAGGCCGGGCCCUGCUGGGUGACCCCGGGGUGGGGGGGGCGGAGGGAGUGGCUGGGCGGCAGCAGGCAGAGGCAGGCGGUUUGCUCCCUGCACACCGACCUGCUUGCCCAGAGGGGCGCCUUGGGCUUCCCGUGAUGGCCUCUUAGGGAACAGGGGUGGCGGGGUGGGACCAGCCCUGGGACCGGGACUCUGCUGGGCUUCCUUUCCUGGGGCUGAGCUGCUUGUCACUGGGGGCUCCCCUUCUCAUCCCCUCCAGCCACAAUGCCCAAGGGCUGCUGUGACUGGGGAUGAUGGGAAUUGUAGUCCAGCAACCUUGGGGGGGGGCUUCCCAAGUUUGAGAGCGCCUGGGGCAGCCAGUCACAGUCCAGCUGGUGUCCAGUGGAAAGAGCCCCUCUGUGGGGCCGGGGCCGGGGGGUUCCUGCCCACCCACCCCAGAUCAGUGCUCACCCAGCAGCUCCAGGUGUGGGAUAGAAGUGUCCAUUCUUCGGCCCCAUUCUGUGUUCAAAGGAGCAUCUUGCUGAAUGGGGCUGAGCUGUGGAUCCUGAGGCCCCCUUUUGAAUGUUGCCUCUGCCUAAAACUCAACAGCUGGCCUUAGGCACACACACACACCCCGCCUCAACUAUAUGGGGAUAAUGCUGGCCUACCUUGCAGGGCUGUUGUAGGGAUUAGAUUGUCUUCUCCUCAAAAGUGCCACACGAAUGCCACGUCGUGAUGCGGAUCCGUGGAUUCCCUCCGCCACAGCCAGAGCAGCAUUGCCCUAAGCUGACCCCUGGGGUUUCGGAGGUCAAGCCCGCCCCCAGAGUCCAGCAGGGCUCUCGGAGAGCCGCCAAGGGCCUGUUGGGGCCGCAAAUGGCGCCUGAGUGAACACCCGCACCACGUUUGCCUAAUAGCUAAUUAAUUUUGCUGUCUCCCUUAAUGUACAAAAGGAACCCGGCAAGAAGAGCCCCCCCCCCGUUUAUCAUUUCCCAUAAUUGGAGGGGGAGGGGGAUGCCCACGCCAUGCCGGGUUGCUCACCUCAGCAGCUAAUAAUAAUGAGAUGAUCAUCUCUUGUAGCUUUUAAUUAGGAACUGAGCAGUUAAUUGAUUUCUUGGGUAUGUUAAUUAAGAAAUAAUGAGGACUGUGUUGCAGCAGAAAGAGGCGAGGUGGUGGCGGAUGGGCUGGGCUUCCCCCAGACCCAGAAUCAAAGGCGGCUGCGGGGGUGGGGGGUGGGGGUGGGGGGGCAGGCCUGCAGGGGUCAGGCUGCGAUGAGCUCCAAGGGGGCUGGGUUUCCUGGGCCUGGGAAGAACAAGGCCCCCCCCCAACACACACAGCAGCCCCCAAAGAGGAGGAGGAGGAGCUGCUGCUCUGCAGUCUCUGCUGGUGGGGAGGGGGCUUGCCGGGGGGGGCGGCAGGGGCGCAAAAGGAGGCGGCUUCGGGUGGCUCUUCUCUCUCCAGCCCAAGAGCCCUGCUGCCUGCAGGCUGGCCACUCAUCAGGUUGAGCUCUAGCGUAACCGUGGCCAGCCUGCAGGCGGCAUGGUUCUCAGGCGGGGUGGGGGGUGGAGUGGCCACCGAAGCGGCCCCCUUUGGUGCCCCCCGCCUCAUUAGGACCAGCUGCUCCUGUGGUCUGCCCCCCCACGCACACACACACAGAGCCUGGCUGCUGUGGCCAGAGUGUGCCGACCCCCCGUCUGUCCGUCCACCGUCACCCUCCACGGGGGUCCUCCUGUCCUUCCACUUUCCCAGGCCUGCAGGAAGUGGGGGGGGGGAGUGUUCCCUCUGGCAGGGAUUCCCAGAGGCUGUUGACUACAACACCCAGCAUCCCCAGCUGUGGAGGCCUUUGGCUGGGGGUGAUGGGAGUUGUAGUCAAGAACAUCUGGGAAUCCCUGUUCGAGGGGACAGCGGGGGGGGGCAGACCAAGGCUCUUUUGGCCCACUGGGGUCCAUGAGGCCGGAGGGCUGGCUCUGCAGAAAGGGCUGGCCGCAGGGUUGCCAGCGGAGCCUUCUGGUUGGGAGGGGUCUCCGCUCCGGCCUCAGGGCGGCCCGCUUGGGGUGCUGAGUGGGGCUGGGCAGUGCUCAGUGGGGCUGGACUUCACAGCCACCCUGCGUCUUCCCCCUUCCCCUGGGGUGUGCAGCAGGGCCAUGGCCUUAACUGGCGGGCGGGCGGGGGGGCAUCUUCGUGGAGGAGGGGCAGGAAGCUCUCGGAGCUGUGGGGCACAGCAGCCAGGCAGCUGCUCAGCCCCGAGGAGGCGUGGAUGCAGCUGGGGGUAGCACCAGCCCUCACCCGCUCCCGGUAGCCAUCCUGGCGGUGCUUGUUAUGGGGCCCCAGUGAUGUGUUUGUAUGGAAGGGGCAUUGUGGGAAGCCAAAAGCGGGGGGAAGUCACUCCACCGCAUCCAAGAGCAAGGGCAGCGCGUGUGUGGCUGGGAGGAAAUCAGCUGCCUCUUUUGCCUUCUGCCAGUCCAGUCCUUUCACGGAGAGCUCACAGCCAAGGCGUUUAUCCCGUGGAGAGCUCUGGGGCCGCGGAGCCUUCCCUGUACAGCCCCCCCCCCCGUGGGCUGCUGCCUGGCAUGGAGGGGCUGGCGGCCCUUCUGCACUGGGGAGGCAGCAGGCCCAGAGGGGGGGCUGCCUGUUGAGCCGGUGGGCCUGCUCCCCCCUCUCCAGCCUGCGGACCGAGAGCUGGGGCUGCUGCCAGGGCUUGAGCCUCCCUGGAGGUCAGCCUCAGUCCCCUUGGCUGCCGGCCGGGCCCCUCCGACUGGGAUGCAUCUGAUUGCUGCCCCUCCGAGGAGGAGGAGGAGGCGGCCGGGGCGAGGGCAGCGGGGCCUUCUCUGCACUGCCACUUGUCUUCCAGCGGUUGCAAUGGCCGCUCUUUAUGAGUGCAAAUACCUCUGCCAACGUCCCUCAACUCUGAAACGCGCACAGUGUCUCUCUAACGUCCUGGAUAGAUUUCUUGAUCACAGCCCUUUCUGUAACACUUCUCAGUGUCUGGAAUAAAAGCGGAUGCACCAAAGCCUCUCGCCUCCUGCCGGGCCCCUCCCUGUCUGGCAGGGUCCAGUUGGUCAAAGCGAUCCGUGUUUGUGGCUAGGCCCUUCCUGGGGACCCCAGCAGGGGCAGGCUUGCCCUGGGCCCCAUAAGCAGACGGCCACCAGGCUUUGACUCGGAACAGCUCGCUGGUCUCCCUCCCGGUGUUCAGAGGAGCUGGGCGGCGAGGUGCUUUUGCAGAGCCCAGGAGCGGCGCACCAGGGCAGGGCAGGGCAGGCGGUCUUCCCUGUUGACUGGCUCCAGCGCAUGGCCUUCUUCGGAGCAAGGCUGCCUCUGGCCCGGGAGGCUUCCCUGGGCUCUCAUGGCUCACAGCUCCUGAGCAGCCGCCACCUUCUUCUCCAGGAACUGGGCAAGGGGCAGGAGGCUGUAGGCAGGGCGGUGGGCUGCGCUGCCUAAUGGGAGCAGCCUACUGCUGAACACCAUUGGCUGGGAAGCAGCAGAGAGGAGGGAGGGAGGACCCCUUCCAUGAUGAGCCCAUAUGCUCUCGCACAGGGGAUACUCCUCCGGGGGGGGGGGGGCUCCUUGUAGUGGGCGAUUGGAUCAUUAGAGGUAUAGAGAUAUGGGUUGGUGACCCGCCUGUUGACCGCAUGGUGACUUGUCUGGCUGGUGCAAAGGCUGCAGACCUCAAGGAGUGUCUAGAUAGGCUCUUCGGCAGUGCUGGGGAGGAGACAGCUGUUGUGGUGCAUGUUGGCACCAGCGAUGUGGGGAAAUAUAGUCAGGGGGUCCUGGAAGCCAAAUUUAGGCUGAUAGGUCGCAUAUGGAAGUCCAGGACCACCAGAGUAGCAUUCUCAGAAAUGCUACCUGUUCCACGCGCCGGUACAAUGAGACAGGCAGAGCUGAGGGGUUUCAAUGUGUGGAUGAGACGUUGGUGCCGGGAGGAGGGGUUUAGAUUUGUUGGGCUCUGGGAUAAAUUUUGGGGGAAGCAAGGCCUGUGCAAAAGAGACGGGCUGCACUUGAACCAAGAUGGAACCAGACUGCUGGCGCUUAAAAUCAAAAAGGUUGCAGAGCAGCUUUUAAUGUGAUGUCAGAGUCAUCGGCCCUUUAGGGAACAGUGACCACAGUGCCAUCAAAUUCAGCAUACAUGCGGAGAGAGAAUCACCAAGGAAGUCUUAACACAGACAUUUUGAAUUUCAGAAGAGGAAACUUCUCUAAAAUGAGGAGUGUGGUGAAAAGAAAGCUGAAAGGGAAAAUCAGGAGAGUCACUUCGCUCCAGAAUGCAUGGAGUUUACUCAAAACCAUAAUACUAGAAGCCCAGUUAGAUUGUAUACCCAAAAGGAGGAAAGGUACCACUAAGUCCAGGAGGAUGCCAGCAUGGCUAACAGGUACCGUCAAAGAAGCCUUAAAAGGGAAGAAGACAAUGAGAGAGUGAAAGGGAUUAAGGAGGAUAUGAAGGUUGCAGAGAAUCUAAAUGAGUUCUUUGCGUCCAUCUUCACAGCAGAGGAUAAUGAGAAUAUACCUAUUUUUGAACCAGGCUUUUGGGGAUGGAGGCUAAAGAACUGAGACAGAUAGAAGUGGCAAGAGAUGAUGUUCUAAACUGUUUAAAAAAACUGAAAACUAGCAAAUCACCAGGGCCGGAUGGCAUCCAUGCAAGAGUCCUCAAAGAACUCAAAUGUCAAAUUUCCAACCUCCUUGCUAAAAUAUAUAACUUAUUGCUGCAAUCAGGUUCUGUACCAGAGGACUGGAAAGUAGCAAAUGUAACACCGAUUUUCAAAAAGGGAUCCAGGGGCGAUCCGGGAAAUUACAUGCCAGUUAGCUUAACGUCUGUUGCAGGCAAAUUGAUGGAAAGCAUCCUCAAAGAUAAAACUGUAAAGCACAUAGAAGAACAGGGCCUGCUGGGAGUGAGCCAGCAUGGCUUCCGCGAAGGUAAAUCUUGCCUGACCAAUCUUUUGGACUUCUUUGAGAGUGUCAACAAGUGUGUGGAUCAAGGUGAUCCAGCUGACAUAGUCUACCUGGACUUCCAAAAAGCUUUUGACAAAGUUCUUCAUCCAAGACUCCUGAGGAAACUUAGCAGCCAUUGGAUAAUUAAUAAUAAUAAUAAUAAUAAAGGGGUGACAAGUACAUGUGUGGCUUGUUAACUGGUUAAAAGACAGGAAACAGGGUAGGUAUAAAUGGAGAGCUUUCACAAUGGAGGGAAGUAAGAAAUGGGGUCCCCCAAGGAUCUGUACUGGGACCGAUGCUUUUUAAUUUAUUCAUAAAUGAUCUAGAAGCAGGAGUAAGCAGCGAGGUGGCCAAAUUUGCAGAUGAUACCAAACUCUUUCGGGUAGUGAAAUCCAAAACGGAUUGUGGGGAGCUCCAAAAAGAUCUCUCCAAACUGGGCGAGUGAGCAACAAAGUGGCCAAUGCAGUUCAGUGUUGACAAAAAAACCCCCAACUUCAAGUAUAUGCUGAUGGGAUCCGAGCUGUCAGUGACGGACCAGGAGAGGGAUCUUGGAGUUGUGGCUGACAGCUCGUUGAAAGUGUUGAUUCCAUGUGCGGCAGCUGUAAAAAAGGCCAAUUGCAUGCUUGGGAUCACUAGGAAGGGGACUAAAAAUAAAAUGGCUAAUAUUA